AUGGCACCUCACCCCCAAGACGAAGUCCAACAUCACUCCCUUACCGAUCCCGAAUCCUUCUGGGCAGAACAAGCCUCCCACCUCUACUGGCACAAAAAGCCCACUUCCACCCUAUCGCGGACAAAAAAGUCACUCAAGUCUGGAAUUUCCCAUGAUCAUUGGGAGUGGUUUCCAGAAGGCGAGAUCUCGACAUGCUACAAUUGCGUUGAUAGGCAUGUAAUUGCCGGGAAUGGAGAUAGUACAGCAAUCAUAUUCGAUAGUCCGGUAACGAAUACGAAGCAAAAAUAUACAUACAAGCAGUUACUAGAUGAGGUAGAACUCUUUGCGGGAGUUCUGAGGGCUGAAGGCGUUAAGAAGGGAGACGUUGUUUUGAUUUACAUGCCCAUGAUACCUGCUGCUCUCAUCGGAACCCUUGCUAUAUCACGACUUGGCGCCAUACAUGCUGUGGUUUUUGGUGGAUUUGCUGCUGCAUCCUUGGCUCAGCGCAUAGACGCGUCAAAACCAGUGGUCAUCCUGACUGCUUCAUGCGGAAUAGAUGGUGCUAAACCACCUAUGCCUUACAGGCCAUCCAUUACGGAAGCCAUCAAUCUCUCGUCCCAUAAACCAAGCAAAACAAUUAUAUGGCAACGAGAUCAACUUCGAUGGGAUCCAAUCGAUACACACAGUGGCCAAAGAGAGUGGCAGGCACUCCUCACAACCGGUCGCUCCCGAGGACUCAAGGCCGAUUGCGUUCCCGUCAAAUCCAGUGACGGAAUUUACAUUAUUUACACUUCGGGAACCACGGGUCUACCCAAAGGUGUCGUGAGAGAAGCAGGUGGCCACGCCGUAGGUCUUCAUCUAUCGAUCAGCUAUCUUUUCGGUAUUCAUGGACCGGGCGAUGUCAUGUUCUGCGCCUCUGACAUCGGAUGGGUCGUCGGCCAUUCUUACAUUCUAUACGCACCUCUGUUGACAGGAGCAGCAACUGUACUGUUCGAAGGCAAGCCAGUUGGCACACCAGAUGCUGGUACAUUCUGGCGCAUCAUCGAAGAAUAUAAAGUCAACUCGCUUUUUACAGCACCAACAGCUUUGAGAGCUAUACGGAGAGACGACCCGGAGAAUAAGAUGUUCGAGGAGACCGGGCGGCGAGGUGGUAUUAAUAGUCUCCAGGCGCUCUUCCUAGCAGGAGAGAGGUCAGAGCCAAGUAUUGUGACAAUGUACCAAGACCUACUACAAAAACAUGGGGCACCCGAUGCUAAAGUCGUUGACAACUGGUGGUCAUCUGAAUCAGGGUCGCCAAUAACUGGCAUUUCACUUGUGCCUCAUGCGGGAAAAGACCGCAAAACAAAAGAACGACGCGUCGAGUCAUUAGGUAUUAAAUCCGGAAGUGCUGGGAAGCCCAUGCCAGGUUUCGACGUCCGAAUUGUGGAUGAUUCCGGGAAGGAGGUCCCGAAAGGUACAAUGGGCAACAUUGUUCUCGGCAUGCCCUUAGCACCCACAGGUUUCAGGACGCUCUGGCAAGAUGAAGAUAGGUUUUACAAAGGAUACUUGAAAAGAUUCGAGGGAAAGUGGAUUGAUACAGGAGACGCGGGAAUGGUUGAUGGGGACGGGUAUGUCCAUGUAAUGUCCAGAUCCGACGAUAUCAUCAAUGUCGCAGCCCAUAGAUUCAGCACUGGAUCAAUUGAACAAGCCAUCUCCUCGCACCCCACAAUUGCCGAAUGCUGCGUAGUCGGCAUCCCCGACGCCCUUAAAGGCCACCUCCCCUUCGCAUUCGUCACACUCUCUACCGCCCACCACCCCUCCUCCGCCAUCCCGUCCGAGCAGCUCUACGCUGAGGUGCAAAAGCUCAUUCGGACGCAGAUUGGAGCUAUUGCGGCGCUUGGAGGCAUGAUCCAAGGUAAAGGUAUGAUUCCUAAGACACGGUCCGGUAAGACAUUAAGGAGAGUGUUGAGGGAAUUGGUGGAGAAUGCGGUGCAUGGUGAAUUUGAAAAGGAGGUGCAAGUUCCGGCUACGGUGGAAGAUGGAAGCGUGGUGGAUGUUGCGAGAGGGAAAAUUGCAGAGUAUUUCAAGGAGAAGGGCGGGGAGUUGCAUAAGGCGACAGAGACAAGGGCUAAGUUGUAA